CUUAAACAGAAUAUUUCACUUUUGGUUACCUCUAGAAGUUAGUAUGUUCAAUAAGUAAUAAUGGCAGUACUUCCCUAGACUACUUGACACCCACCCCAAGCAAAUGUUGUAAGUAAUAACGCAUUUUAUCUUAUGACCUAAAUUUUAAAUCAUUGUACAUCGAUUUGAAUAUUCUCCGCUGAUAAGCGUGUCUCAUAUUUGAAAUAUGCACGUUAUACAUUGAAGGCGUUUAUUAGUCAUAUCACAAAUAUCGUAAAAAAGACAACGCAACAAAGACUGUACCUGACUGUAUAUAGAUAGUAAAGAGAUAUCAAACUAAGGACAACGGAUAAAAGAGAGAGGGUAGAGCUAGUGUAGAGGACGAACUGGGAUUCUAUUAACAACACAGAACAAAGAGGAACCGAUCAAACUGAUCAACAAAAUAAAACUGAAAAUGGAUAAGUUUCUAUCAACGAUUUUGCUACUGACGCUUACAGCUUAUACUUCAAGAGCCAUCGUGGAGCCAAAGGAUCAUGCAACGCGGGAAGGGGUAUCAGUGACCUUUACAUGUGACCCUGGACAACCAGAACCACAGGAAUAUAUCCAAUGGUGGGAGUUUGUGACGUCAUCAACCACACCGAACCUUAUAUUUAAUCCAGCCAAGCCAAAUGAGUAUGAUAGCACCAGGUAUGAUUUUGCCAAUGCAGGGAGAAAUUUCACGAUUAAAUCUCCGAUGUUGAGUGCUGGUGGAAAAUAUGAGUGUAGAAGGCUGGUGGACGCAUCAAAUCACCCAGUUGAGCUUAUUGUGUUAAAAUCGCCCGAUUGUCGGAACCAGCGAGCAUCUAAUCCCCCUCAUGAAGGUGAGAAUGCCGAGCUGACGUGUCAAGUCGAGUAUAGAGGUAACAGAGUCCCUGUUCCUAUGUGGUACACAGAACAAGGUUCUCAGCUACCUAUGCAGUAUGCCAGGGACGUUACAGGGGUAGCAGUGAAGUCAACUAAUUUUACAACUAACGAUCAACAUGACGAUACACUGCCCAGGUGCCAAGUGACCGUCGCUGGGACUCCUUAUAACGAUAACUGUACGUUGUCGUCUCCAAUGAGAGUGAUCUAUUCGGUAAGAGACGUCGAUAUCCAUCACGACUAUGACGGCCCUGGUAUGCCGCGUUUCGCGACUGGGGACAAACUUAACUGUACCGCACGGGGGUACCCUGACCCGGAAUUCACUUGGAGUAAGGUCAAAGGAAGGGGUGCCAACAUGACCAUGAAUGGGUUCCAGUUCGAGGUGCCAAGAGGCCUCAGUGGGGAAUAUACAUUCAUGUGUACCGCAUUCAAUACAGUUAAUCGUACUGACUAUAACUCAACGAAAGAUAUCACAUUUGUGGCCACUGGCUAUACUGGCGGAUCUCAAAGUAUGUUUGGGCUCUCUGUGAUGUUGCUGACUGUCGUCUCAAUUCUACAAAUAGUAUUACAGUGAAAGACAAUGGAGGGACAAUGAACAUAAUUCGCCAUGAAGCAGCAAUUGAAUUACUAACUAGCAUUCCUUGUAUAUAUCAUCGAUAUAAAUGUUUUAAGAAAGAAUGUUAAUGGGCUUGGAUUUGUAACAUACUCGAUAACUUUUUCAUAUUUAUCUAAAUUUUAAUGUAUUUCGAUAAAGAGCUUUUAUAAUAAAACACAUACAUAUUGUA